AUGCUCUUCGUCUUCCUCUUUGUCUUCCUGCUCGUCGCUGACUAUAUGAAGAGGAGAAAGCCGAAGGACUUCCCCCCCAGUCCUUUUGCCCUGCCAUUCCUGGGAAAUGUGCAAUUUUUGUUUGCCAAAGACCCCCUGGCCACAACACAGAAGAUUAUUGAAGAACAUGGAGAUAUCUUUAGCAUGCAAGUAGGCACUCAGUCUUUUGUGAUCUUAAAUGGGCUGCAAAUGAUCAAGGAAGCCCUUCUGAUCCAGGGAGAGAACUUCAUGGAUCGCCCAGAAAUUCCUAUCAACACAGAGGUUUUCAACAAAUUGGGGCUGAUCUCCUCCAAUGGGCACCUGUGGAAGCAGCAGAGAAGGUUCACCUUGAUCACCCUCCGAAACUUUGGCUUGGGGAAGAGGAGCCUGGAGGAGCGGAUCCAGGAGGAGUGCCGAUUCCUCACAGAUGCGUUCAGGGAUGAGCAGGGAAAUCCUUUCAACCCUCACCUUAAAAUCAACAGUGCUGUUUCAAAUGUUAUCUGUUCCAUCACCUUUGGCAAUCGGUUUGAAUACCAUAAUGGAAACUUCCAAAACUUGCUGCGGCUGAUGGAUGAGACUGUUAUCCUCCAUGGGAAAAUAAUGAGCCAGCUCUACAAUGCUUUUCCCUCCAUUAUAAAGUACUUCCCAGGAUCUCACCAAACCAUUUUUGAAAACUGGAGGCUCAUGAAAGGUUUUGUGAAAGAGAAGAUCAGCAAACACAAGGAAGACCUGAACCCAUCAGAGAGCCGAGACUUCAUUGACAGCUACCUGCAGGAGAUGGCCAAGUCCAAUGGCAGUGAUUUCUGUGAGGAUAACCUGGUUGCAUGCACUCUCGAUCUGUUUUUUGCUGGGACUGAGACAACCUCCACAACCAUCCGCUGGGCCCUACUGUUUAUGGCCUUAUAUCCAGAAAUUCAAGCCCGUGUGCAAGCCGAGAUCGAUGCUGUCAUUGGGCAGUGCCGGCAGCCAGCCCUGGAGGACAGGAACAACAUGCCCUACACCAACGCCGUCAUCCAUGAAGUGCAGAGGAAAGGCAACAUCACCCCUUUCAGUUUGCCUAGAGAGGCAAAGAAGGACACAGUCCUGGCUGGUUUCCACCUGCCCAAGGGCUCUAUUGUAGUCCCGAAUCUAUCCUCUGUGAUGCUUGACAAGAAGGAAUGGGAAACCCCUCACAGUUUUAACCCCGGGCAUUUCCUGAAGGACGGUCAGUUCUGGAAAAGGGAGGCUUUUAUGCCAUUUUCUAUAGGGAAGCGCGCCUGCCUGGGUGAGCUGCUGGCCCGCGCCGAGCUCUUCCUCUUCUUCACGGCUCUGCUCCAGAAAUUCACCUUCCAGGCUCCCCGGGACACCAUCCUCGACCUCAAAUUCAUUCUGGGCAUGACCUUGGCCCCGCGGCCCUACAAGAUCUGUGCAGUGCCUCGGUAGGGAGCGUGGCCGCUGUUGUCAGAGGGAGAACUCUCAUCUUUGUCUGGGAGCCAUAGACUGACCCAUUACCCGCUGCUACGGGCCACUACAACAACCACCUCAAAUGUUUUGUUUCUUUUUUUAAGUAAUUGCAAAGUCACUUCUUUUUACAAGCAGAUUUUACACACUGUAUCAGAUAAAAAAAAAUUGGCCAGGGCCCUUUUUGUUCUGGCAGCCCAGCACUGUCAAUGAAUGAGGAACUCAGGACUUCCGUAAUUCCAUGCAUCACAGCUGUGGAUCAAUAGUGGAAAGGAGCAGUGACUGGAAACAGUUCCUACUUUGAUCUUAGGAAAGCCAUUUGUCAAAAGAAAAAUACCACAGUGCCUUGUGAAAUCUCCCUCUCUUGAGCAGUAAUAAAUCCUGACUGAAACAUU